CGAUGAUGACUUGCAGGUGCGUGGCCUGCGUCGAGCGUGUCGCUGGAGCUGAGCUUAGAAGUGCAGUGCAGUGCAGUGCAAGGCAAGGCAAGGCAAGGACACCCUUUAAAACCACUCACUUGCUGUGGCAGAGCGGGUCAAACCCGUGCUUCUUCUGCUGAACAGGGGGUCCUGUCCUAACUCUGUGCAUAUACAGAGUCGGACACCUUCCAUGAUGGCUGCUGACUCCCUCCUCGACCGUCUCAACCGCGACGGCUUCGUCGUCAUCCCAUCAGCCAUCACACCCGACCAGCUCACCAAGCUGCGCGAGGCCACCGCCGAGGUGGCCUCACUGGCCAGGGCAGGGGAGUGGCCCUCGGUCCGCACCCUGCCCAAGCAGUUCCCGCCCUGGCCCAAGAACAGCCCCGAGGUGGCAAAGGGCGGCAUCUGGGGCGUCCAGGGCAUGAUGCACCCGGACCUGCCCAACAGCUCCACCUUCGUCCAGGUCUACUUCAGCGACGCCAUCGUCGACCCCACAAAGGAGCUGCUCCAGUGCGGCGACGACGAGCUCGUCAUGGAGCUGUUCAACCUGCUCGUGCGCCCCGACGCCGACUUUGAGCUGCGCUGGCACCGCGACGACAUCCCUGCGACCGCCACCCCGGACGAGGAGCUCGAGAGGCUGAACAAGCCUGCCUUCUCGGCCCAGUGGAACCUGGCGCUGUACGAUGACGCCAGCCUGAUUGCCGUCCCCGGGAGUCACACCCGCGCGAGGACCGAGUUUGAGAGGAACGCCGACCCGUUUGAGAAGGACAUCCCCGGGCAGAUGAUUGUCAAGCUGAAUGCUGGUGAUGUCGUGUUUUAUAAUAACAAUAUCCUCCACCGUGGUGUCUACAGCGCCGAAAAGGAGAGGAUGACGCUGCAUGGGAGUGCUGGGCAUGUGGACGGCUCGGCGCUGAGGGCGAGGAAUGUGCUCCAGCAUGGACUGCGGGACUGGAUAGAUCGGGUUGAUUUCAGCGGGCUGGAUGAGAAGACACUUGCUCGCGCCCAGAAGAUGAAGGCGAGCCUGGUCAAGCUCGGACAGGAGGCCGGUGAUGUUGGGUACUCCUUGGAUGGCUGAACAUGCCAGUAUUGAUCUUGAGAUUGCCGACUUAGCAUGCAUACAUGUGGUUUCCCUUCUAUUCCGUAUACGUCCAAGGACAUACAUGGCGCCUUCAUACGGUGGUAAGCGCUCAAGACCUAUGUUUUUUAAGAGAACUUCGUAAUCAUCGGUGGGGCCUUACUGGAGAGCGGCUGAAGGAUGAGGCUCACAUUGUGGAAAGCAACGGACGCCUAUACAGGAAUAAAGAAGACUUUGGAAUUUUC